AUGACGGAACCAACAGGAUGGAAUAAAAAUACAGUGUAUGCAUUGAGCUUGUACAAAUAUGUGGCAGAAAAUGCAGGUCUUUGGCCAUUGGACAAUCGAAAAACACUGCGGGUUUCAAUCGUAACAAUAAUGCACAUUGUAACGUUGAUUGUCAUCAUCAAAGACUGGAUCAUCAAGGGUAACUGUGGCAGCAUCACUGAGAUGGUCGACGCAUUUGCUCUGUUUACCCUGAGCUUGAUGAAUCUCAUAAAGAUUAUUCUGUCUCGACGGCACCAGACAAAAAUCACCUCGAUUUUCCAUUCCGCUGUCCAAGACUGGGUAGAUACUGAAAAUCAAAAGGAUGUUCGUAUCAUGAUUCAUCAUGCUUACGUGGGACGAAUCGUGUGCAUUGUGCAGAUGAUUGGAGCUUAUCUAGCAGUUGUUCCCAUGAUUCUCAUGCAUUUUCCUAGUUCUUUCGAAACCUACGACUCCAAUAAUGAUACUAUCAUUGUGAGAAGUGUACCUGUUGGACCCAAGUGCUGGCUACCUUCGGAUAUAUCUUUUACUACUUAUUUGGGUUAUUACUCGUUAAUCUGCGUACAAUUAUUCCUUCUGGCUAAUAUGUUUCUCGGUGUUGAUGUCUUUGCAUUUGGACUUGCUAUGCAUCUCUGUGGGCAGUUUCAAGUGCUCAACAGGAGUUUGGGGGAAUUCGAUGGCGGAGAGCCGGUGUUCGAACAGAAAAUUAAAGUAUCCAAAUUUGCUAGGAGACAUUAUUCACUUCUCCAACUCGCUGAUGACUUCGAAGUCGCUUUUAACAUGUAA